AUGUACUGUGAACGGACAUGGGAGAAUUGUGCCCCUCUCGACUCCGACGUGCUAGAUAUCUUGAUCGCACAAUGCGACGAAUUCGAGGCGAAUAAAUUCCCGUGUCCUGCAGUGGUCGACCACAACCCAUUUCUAGUAUUCCCAGCGAUGCCCCCCACCUCGUUAACGUCAACAGUCAACCUAGUCUUGGCCAACGGUGGUACUCACGCGAGGCACGCUAACAGCGAGGACAAGUUUCUCUUUCAUCACUAUGUCAAUUAUGUGGCGUCGGUCAUGAUGCCCUUUGAGCACCCCUGGAACCCUUGGAAGCUGUAUUAUCCAUCGGUGUCACUGAAAUACUCCGUGCCGGGCGAACGAGCCCUGUACCAUGCCGUCCUGGCCCAAGCCGCCUUUAAUUUAGCCCAUCUAGGCGGCGGCACCGCAGAUAUGAUGCGCUUGGCCGCGAGGCACUAUAAUGCUUCCAUCCAACACAUCAAUAAUGGUAUCCAGACGUCUGCGGACAAGGACCCUGGGCCCAUCUUGGCGGCGAUCAUGACCCUGAUGAUGGCAGAAGUCUACAGUGGCCAAUCCAGAAAGUGGAAGCACCACCUACAGGGGGCGUGGGCCUUUCUCCUCAACUCCAACAGCAACGAAAUCUGGAACCAGUCCCGAUUCGCAUGCUUCUCUAUCCAGAGCUUGCUGAUUGUGGGGAUUAUCAGCAGCACUACUUCGACGGACAACACCUACUCUCCUUUGGCGCUGACGCUCGGUCUUCCACAUGUAACGGAUCGCAUUUCCCCAGCCAACUCAACUUCAGUAGACGCUCUUCCUCCCUCGCCAAUCAGUGCCGAACUUGCAUUUGGGGCCUCUAUCUCGUCCACUCCACAGUUCGGUUUCACAAUUGGGGCCCAGAAAUCCCUUCUCGAAUGUAUUUCAGCCAUCACCACCGUCAGCCAGAAAAUGCGAUCGGACCCACCCGCCAGCACCCAGUUCGAUGCCGACCGUGCUGUUUCCCACGUCCUGGCCUGUCUAGGGCUUCUCCAGGCACAGGCCAACGACGGCCCGCCCUUCCACCCAGACAUCGACUUGGCUCUUUCCACCGAGCCUGAUCAGCCCGCUCCUCAUGUACAGAACCUAGCACGCUACCAGCUCAACGCAUUUAUCUACGCCACUUAUAUCUACUUGUACCGAUCGCUGAUGGACGUCCCGCCGAAGCGCGUCGCGACAUAUGUGUCAUUGACAUUUCAAAAUAUUUCCGCAUUCUGCGCCCAGAGUAGCGGGAACUUCUCGCUGUGGCCAGCCUUCAUCGCUGCGGUCGAAGCUUACACGGAAGAGGAUAUGGCUUCGGCGCGGGAGUGGCUUCAGGGAUCCAUUCACUUUGGGCUCGGAAACAGGCUUCCUGUUAAACGAAUCAUCGAGGAGGUUUGGCAGAGGAGAGAAAAUGCGCACUUCGAAAGCACGAUAGAUAAGGGGCUCAUUACUGUAGACUGGAGAGAUGUGGUGAGAGAUCUUAGAGUGGAUAUCCUGCUGGUUUAG